CGGCUUGUGUCCGGGUAUGAAGCUGGGCCGGGCAGCGCUGGGCCUGCUGUUCCUGGCGCCGUGGACGGUGCAGGCAGUGGAGCCCAUCAGCCUGACACUGGCCCUGGCCGGCGUCCUCACCGGCUACAUCUCCUACCCGCGCCUCUACUGUCUCUUCGCGGAGUGCUGCGGCCAGAAGCGGAGCCUCAACCGGGAAGUGCUGCAGAAGGAUCUGGACAACAAGCUCUUUGGACAGCAUCUUGCAAAGAAAGUCAUCUUAAACGCAGUGUUUGGCUUUGUCAGCAACCCAAAGCCCAAGAAACCUCUCACCCUCUCUCUCCACGGAUGGACUGGCACGGGCAAAAACUUUGUCAGCAAAAUCAUUGCCGAGAAUAUUUACGAGGGUGGUCUGAACAGUAACUAUGUCCACCUGUUUGUGGCCACGCUGCACUUUCCCCAUGCCUCGAACAUUACCCUAUAUAAGGAUCAGUUACAGAUGUGGAUUCGUGGCAACGUGAGCGCAUGUGCAAGCUCUAUUUUCAUAUUUGAUGAGAUGGAUAAAAUGCAUGCUGGCCUCAUAGACGCCAUCAAGCCUUUCCUGGACUAUUAUGACCUGGUGGAUGGGGUCUCAUACCAAAAAGCCAUCUUCAUAUUUCUCAGCAAUGCUGGAGCAGAAAGAAUCACUGAUGUGGCUUUAGAUUUCUGGAGAAGUGGAAAGCAAAGGGAAGAAAUCAGGCUCAAGGACAUGGAACACGCCUUGUCGGUGUCAGUCUUCAACAACAAGAACAGUGGCUUCUGGCACAGCAGCUUAAUUGACCGGAAUCUCAUUGAUUACUUUGUUCCCUUCCUCCCCUUGGAAUACAAACACCUAAAAAUGUGCAUCCGCGUUGAAAUGCAGUCCCGAGGCUAUGAAAUUGAUGAGGAUAUUGUGACCAAAGUGGCCGAGGAGAUGACAUUUUUUCCCAAAGAGGAGAAAGUUUUUUCUGAUAAAGGCUGCAAGACCGUGUACACCAAGUUAGAUUACUACUACGAUGACUGA